CUCAUAGCAACCCGUGUCUAAAUUAUAUACGUUUAAAUUUCCGAGCAAUUAAUAACCUCCUUUUUUUAUAAAUUAAUUGGUUUUAAUACCAUACAAUCAAUGAAAUGCUCUUCAAAUCUAGGGUACCAUCUAGGAAGCUAUUGCGAUUUUUCACAAGGUAUGCAGGAAUUAAUCAAUCGUCAAAUGAGAUUACACAGUUCUUUUACUAAAAUGAUUAUUCUCGGAUAAAGGUGGAGGAAGUAAAAAAGAUAUAUCAGAAUGUACAAAGUCGACAAACUUUGAAUCGUAUCAGCUGGAUCCUUGUAUGAUAGAUCCGAGCAAACCACAACCAACUGUCGUGAUCAUAGGAGCUGGCAUGGCUGGAUUAUCGGCAGCACAUCGAUUGGUUCAGUGUGGUCUCCAUAAUUUUACAGUUCUAGAAGCCACAGAUAGACCAGGUGGACGGAUCCACUCUUGCUGGUUGGGCGACGUGGUGACAGAAAUGGGUGCCACGUGGAUCGAGGGUGGUAGCGUGGCAAACCCAGUGUUCACUCUAGCGGCACAGGAAGGUCUACUGAAGACACCGCUCUUUAGGCCAGAUCCGAGUCGUGGACUUUUCUGUACCAGCGAUGGUAGAGCCAUUGAUUUCCCAGUCAGCAUCGCGGCGUAUCAUACCUUCCGGCAAAUCGAGCAACAGGCGGCGGCUCUCUUUUCUCUUGGCUGCGGUCGUGCUCACGGUACGUUGCUGAAUUUUAUGGGCAUCAGAAUUCAACAGGAGCUCCACAAUUUCCCGGAGGAGCAACGAUAUGAUGCCGCUAGGGUGAUGUACGGCAUGACAAAUUGCAUGAAAUGUCGAUGCGGAGAUGACCUUUCGCUUGUCUCAGCUGAUCAAUUCGGCAGCUACAUCGAGAUCCCUGGUGGAAAUAUCAGAGUACCCUUGGGAUAUGUUGGGGUGCUGGCCCCUUUGCUUCGAGAUCUACCUAAUUCUUGCGUCAGGUAUUGUAAACCAGUUAAUUGUAUUCGGUGGGGUGCAGUAAGUGACGCGUGUCCACGAGCUAUCGUGAAGUGUAAUGACGGCGAAGAGAUCCCUGCUGAUUAUGUGAUCGUAACCGUUUCACUUGGUGUCCUAAAAAAUCAGCACACGAAAUUGUUCUUACCAGGAUUACCUGCUGAAAAAGUCGAGGCAAUCAGAAGGCUCGGGUAUGGACACGUUAACAAAAUCUUCCUGGAAUACGCGAGACCAUUCUGGGUUUGGCGAGAGGGUGCCAUCAAGUUGGCUUGGUCCGCUGAAGAACUAGCAGAUAGAUGCGAUUGGGUGAAAGGUAUGGCAAAUGUGGAGGAAUUGCCCAAUUCUCAACAUGUGUUGUGCGCUUGGGUAUGUGGACGCGAAGCGAUGGACAUGGAACUGUGUCCUGACGAAGAGGUGGUAGAGUCGAUAACGACGGUUUUACGUCGGUUUACCGGCGACCCGACGUUACCUUACCCGGCCAACAUUCUCAGGAGCAAGUGGUGCAUGGACCAAUACUUUGUUGGAGCCUACAGUUACAUGGCGAUGGACAGCACCAUUGGUCACCAAUGUGAUCUGGCUAGUCCAUUACCAGGUAUGUCAUGGUUUCUAGACUCUUACGAAGCGAUACCUCCCAUACUUUUAUUCGCGGGCGAAGCUACUGUACCUGGGCAUUACAGUACAGUGCAUGGUGCAAGGCUUAGCGGUAUUCGUGAGGCGGAAAGAAUAAUUCAGUUAACAAAACGAUACCAUGGUCCCCCUAAAAAAGUGCUCGUUAAAUCGUGAUCGCGGAAAUGAUCCGCUAUCCGGAAA